AUGUCUUCGUUGAGUCUCCAAGUCUGCUCAGCCAGAGCGCUCUUCCAAUCUCCUGUUUAUCAGGUUUCUUUGCAUGAGGAUGCCCACAGCCACCCCGAUCUUCCGUUUCCUGGUAGUUUCCCACUUAAGGCCAAUCUUUCUGUUACAUCCCAGCGAAUUGCGUGGCCGGUUAUGGUGAUGAGUUUAGCUAUCUCCGAUCUCUUCGUAUUCAUUUUCAUGCAUAUUCGAUGGCUUCUUUGA